CCCGUCCCGUUAGCGCUCCAGAAGCAAGGAAGCCUCAGCCGACCAAGCCAUGCUCGCCCGCCGGCUCGCGCCCCCUGCCGCCGCGAGGCUGCUCUCCACGGCGGCCCCAGUGACCUCCUCUGUCGGCGGCGGAGGAGGAGGCGCGGGCCCCGCGUCAGGAAGGGGGGACACGCUGGGUAAGCGGCUGCUGAAGCUCAUCUACCCGAAGCGGAGUGCGGUGGUGGUGCUGCGGCGGUGGGCGGAGGAGGGCCGCACCGUGCAGAAGUACCAGCUCAACCGCGUCGUCCGGGAGCUACGAAAGUACGGCCGCUUCAAGCAUGCUCUCGAGAUCUGCGAGUGGAUGCGGACGCAGCCGGAGAUGCGUCUUCUCCCGGGAGACCACGCGGUGCACCUGGACCUGGUCGCCAAGGUCCGGGGCCUCGCCAGCGCCGAGAAGUUCUUCGAGGACAUGCCCGAGCGGGCCAAGGCGCCGUCCACCUGCAACGCGCUGCUGCACACGUACGUGCAGCAUGGCGCGCGGGACAAGGCUGAGGCCAUGCUAGCAGAGAUGGCCGAGGCCGGGUACCUGACCUGCGCGCUCCCGUUCAACCACAUGAUGUCGCUCUACAUGGUGAGCGGCGAACUCGAGAGGGUGCCGGAGAUGAUCAAGGAGCUCAGGAGGUACACCGUCCCAGACCUCGUCACAUACAACAUAUGGCUGACCUACUGCUCGAAGAAGAACAGCGUGAAGAGCGCGGAGAAGGUGUUUGAUCUAAUGAUGGGUGACAAGGUUGUUCCUGACUGGAUGACCUUCAGCAUGCUGGCGAGCAUUUACAUCAACGCUGGGCUUCAUGUCAAAGGGAGAGAUGCACUGGUGGAGAUGGAGAAGAGGGCCUCCAGGAAAGAGCGAGCCGCAUACUCGUCGCUCCUCACCCUGUAUGCAAAUCUGUCGGAUAGAGGUAACUUGGACAGGGUAUGGAACACGAUGAGAGAAAUCUUCAGGAAGUUCAGCGACACCGAAUACAAGUGCAUGCUUACUUCACUCACGAGGUUUGGCGAUAUCACAGCAGCAGAGAGUGUUUACAGGGAAUGGGAAUCGGCUUCGGGGACACGUGACUCGAGGAUACCAAACACAAUCCUUUCAUAUUACAUCAAGAAUUGCAUGAUACAAAAGGCCGAGAGUUUUCUUGAUCAUAUUGUGCAAAAAGGAGUCAAGCCCAGCUAUAGCACCUGGGAGUUAUUUGUUUGGGGUUAUCUCAGCCAUGACAGGAUGGACAAAGUCUUUGAAUGCCUGAAGAAUGCCCUGUCAAGCUUGCAGAAAUGGGAGCCUAACCAUCAGCUCGCCACGACAAUCUUUUCUGAGGUUGAGAAGACAGGUGACAUUGAAGAUGCAGAGAAGUUCCUGGUCAUGUUUCGGGAUGCGGGGUAUGUCACGACUGAGAUAUAUAACUCGGUCCUGCGCACUUACGCAAAAGCUGAGCUGAUGCCCCUGAUAAUUGAUGAGCGGAUGGAGCAGGAUAAGGUGGCGAUGGAUGAGGAAACAAGGAGAUUGUUGAGAUUGACAAGCAAUUACCCAAUCGGUGAGGUUUCAACAUUGAUGCCUUGAGGUGUGUUAGUAGUUGAAGGAAUGUUUCAGGAUGCGAUGUGAAUUUUGCUCUAGUGUGUUUGCAGUUUUUAAGUACAAUGCAAAUAGCAAGCAAACGCUGGGUGUAGUGUUUGCAUUCCUGGGUAAAUGAAAAGGAUAGGGAACGACUGGAUUGUUCUGUCUCAAAAAGGGCAUCCUGACAGCAAACAACAGUAAUUUCAGGAUAGCGGACGAUUUUAGCACAGAAUUUCUUCAAACAUUCCUGCAAUUCGGAACGCUUCAUAGAAAAAGUUUCAAUCCCAACAAAAUCCCUGCAAAUGUAUUGUUGUUUCAAAAACCCUAUGACAAUUAUAUAUUUAUAUUCUUAUAUAAUUUACCAGUUGUGACGGAUCCGGCUAA